ACCCCCCCCCCCCCCCAAAAAAAAACAAUGGCUCACUACUCCUUCUAAAGUUAAGCGUAGCUGCAGCUUGAUGUUUCUGCUUCAUCACCUCCAUACACAACGACCCACAUAUCCCAAAGUCCAUCAUUGCGCUAAGACCUCCAAGGGAGCCUGUAUCUGAUUCCUGAACAUGGCCGUGAUGCACGAAGACGCAGACACGAUGGAUUCGACGCUGAGGCAGCAUGAAAUGGCAAGGCAAAAGGGCUCCGGCGAUGAGGAAGCCGACAAGCCUGUCCGAAACUCUAGCGACAUUAAUGGAAUUAAUGGAAACCAGUCUGAGAAGCAGGAACUCAACAUGUACCCGACUGGCAUUCGUUUGUUCUUCCUUGCUGGAGCAUCCAUUAUGGGCGUCUUUUUGAUUUCAUUGGACCAGACCAUUGUCGGCACCGCUAUUCCUAAGAUCACAACCCAGUUUGGUGGCCUGGGGAACGUGUCUUGGUACAGCGCAGCGUACUUCAUGACCUUUGGUGGUCUUGAAGCCUCGUGGGGCAAAGUGUUCAAGUACUUCGAUAUCAAGUGGAGCUUCAUCCUUACCUUGGCCAUCUUCGAAGUCGGCAGCCUUGUCUGUGCUCUUGCGCCCAGCUCGGUAGCUUUGAUAGUUGGUCGAGCUCUUGCUGGUGUUGGUGCUGCCGGAAUCUCUGUGGGCGGCACCAGCAUUGUCGCCUUCAGCACCCCGCCUAAAACACGGCCUAUCCUUAUGGGCUGGAUCGGGUUGACAUACGGCCUCGCUUCUGUACUGGGUCCUGUGAUAGGCGGCGCCUUUACAGAGUACGUUACGUGGCGGUGGUGUUUCUACCUCAACUUGCCUGUCGGAGGGCUCGCCGCAGCCAUUGUCCUUCUCUUCUUCCACCUUCCGGCUGCGGCUAGGCCUCCCCCUAUUUCGCUCAAACACAAACUACUGCAUCUGGACCCCGUCGGGAUUUGUCUUGUCAUGGCAGCCAUCAUCUGCUUUAUUCUUGGCCUCCAGUAUGCAGGAACCGUGUACCCCUGGAAGAGCAGCCAAGUCAUUGGUCUGCUUGUCGGCUUUGUCGCUCUCAUCAUUGCCUUGAUCUGCUGGUCCAUCUACAUUGACGAAUGGGCUAUGCUGAUCCCGCGCCUAUUCAAAAAGAGGGCGCUUUGGAGUGUCUGCCCUUAUCAAUUCUUCUUUCUUGGCGACCUGAUCCUUCUCUUGUAUUACCUUCCUAUCUAUUUUCAGUCUGUCAAAGGCGCUGGUGCGAUUCAAUCUGGGGUCGAUAACUUGCCCAUCGUCGCGGCAGUCGCCGUCUUCGCCGUGGCCGGGGGCCUUUUUGUUGCCAAGACAGGCUAUCCUGCACCAACCAUGUUUGUUGGCGGGCUAUUUGGUACAAUCGGGUGCGGAUUGCUUUACACGCUAGAGAUCGACACGCCAACAGCAAAAUGGGUUGGGUAUCAAAUCCUCACCGGUGCUGCAAUUGCUUUCUCGGUUCAGAAUGGCCUCAAUAUUGCCCAGGCUAGUGUAGAGCCAGAGGACCUUCCAGCCGUUACGGCCAACCUAUAUCUCUUCCAAACGGUCGGCGGGGCUUUCACUGUUUCCUCGGCCGAGGCUGCCUUCAUAAACCAGGCACUAGUCAAACUGCGCACGUCAGCUCCUGGGGUCAACGCGUCUAAAUUCAUUGCCACGGGCGCUUCGGAACUCCGCACCGUCUUCACGGCGGAGGAGUUACCCGGUGUACUCGUGGCGUACAUGCAUGGACUCAAAGCCGCCUUUGCCACUUCGAUUGGCUUUUGCGGCAUCGCUUUUUUGGUAACCUUCCUCGUGCCUUGGGGCAGGCUGCCGACCCAUUUGGAUGACGCUCAAAAGAAGGAUGCAUCGGCCAGCGAGUCUGCAUAGAUUUAUAACCCCCGGUUGUACCAAAACCGGCCAGUGGCCGCGUAACAAAUAAAUUCCACCAAAGUGUCCUUGUACUAUGUUACAAAUAUUGACUUUAUUGAAUUUGUGCAAGAAAAAUGUGUUAAGAAAAAAUGUGGACACAUUUUUCUUCAGUAACCUCCUAUUUCGGCACUCAUUACGGGAGGAACGGAGGUAGUGAGACGGAACAGAGGCAGCGCCCGUGGGCUGAUUUCGGCACUUCAUACGGGGAAUUAGAGGUAGUGAGAGCUAGGAGAGCAAGCAGCCUAGGAAAUACCUUGCAUAGGAAUUACUUUCUCC